CCACCUACUCAUGUAAGCCGAAAUAAUACACUGUAGGCUACGACUAUUGCUGUUCUAGCUAUAUAUAUGCCCUACAGUUAUGGUGCAACUAUACUCUUAAGUGCUAGAGGGCAGUGUAUCCAUAGCUAAAAACCAGGCAACUGAUCAAACACUUCUGGAAUAUGUAGAAGUUGAACAUUUCUUGAAUGGAUACAUUUCUUGAAUCGGUAAAUGCUUUGCGUUAGCCUACAGGGGAAGGCAGCAUAGAAUUUGGCCCUGAUUUUUUUUUUUUUUAAACAAGGCAACUAUCUAGAAGCUACUUUGUAUAGCCUAAUAGUCGCGACUGCAGUAACGUUAGAGAUGCCAGGAUUGGAGUCAACGUCGGGACUUGACAGCGCUAUCAGAAAUGUUGGACGACUGCCUCCAGACAUUUUCGCAGAAACAUGUCAGCAGAUUCUGGCUCAUCUUCAAGGGCAAAGCCAUGCAGUAGAUUUGCCUAAAAUCUAUGAUACUUUCCAGAAAGCUGGCAUAGACCUUGAGUGGACAGCCCUGCAAAGCAUCAUCAGAUUGUUAUCAUCUAAUUUCAGAACAGCUGCGAAAAACAAUCUCACGGCUGAUCAGCUGGUGGCCAGGCUGGGUGAAGGCAGCAGGAGCUGGGCUAAAACUGUGCUGCAGGUGGUGCAUCAGCUGUGGAGUGAGCAUGGGCCUCUCAUUCACACCUACCAGGAAGCCCAUGCAAUUGCUAACAUUGGACAGAUGGUGGACAUGCAGUGGAAGCUGGGCAUGGCGGUGAGCUCUGACAUGUGUCGGUCCCUGAACUCUCCUUACGUGUCCCUGUUGCUGAAGAUUGCUGACGCCUCCGGUGAAGUGUCCUACAAGUCUUUUGAAAUGUCCAUCCCGCAGUUUCAGAACUUCCACCAACAGUUCAAAGAAAUUGCAGCAGCUCUGGAGACUGUAUAAAGCUUAAGCACUCCAUGUGGCCUUCCCCUGUGUACGGAAAAUGCUUCACUCUAUUGACCAAAAUGUUUACAUUCUAAUAACGUAUUAUUAUUUAUGUGCAUCAUUGAAAUGUCCUCUGUGUCCCAGUAAUCAAUAUGCUGGAAACCAAAGGGGUAAUUAUGAAUGUCUUUUUUUUUUUUUACUAAAACCUGAGCUGCUCUCUGCUUUAUAGGUACUGUUAGUUUCUCACACAAACAAACAUCCAAGAAAGUCUACUAAAAUGCACCCACUUAUUCAUGCUUGAUGCUAAACUGAUUACUUACCAGUAAGUAAAUUGAUAAGGAAAUAAACAAACAAAUAAACGAAAA